CGGUACCAUUCCCACCCGCCGUUCGUCUCUUCGCACGUAUAUAAACUCAAGUCAACACUGGUCUAUCCGUACAAUUACAUCAGAUCGUGAAUAAUACGUGUUAGCCAUGAAACUCGCACUGCUUUGCCUGCUCGCCAUUAUUUCUGUCGUCUAUGUGUACGCUGCAGACGACAAGUACACUGAUAAAUUCGACAAUAUAGAUGUAGAUCAAAUUCUUAAUAACGACCGACUGCUGAAACGAUAUAUCGAUUGUUUGCUGGACAAGCCCAACGUUAGAUGCCCUGCUGAAGCUAUUGAAUUAAAAAAACAUAUAACCGACGCGUUAGACGAUGAAUGUUCAAAAUGUUCGGAACACCAGAAGGAGAUGGUGAAAAAGGUGAUAAAACAUCUAAUAAUUAAUAAGAGAAGCAUGUGGAACGAGCUGAAAGCGAAGUACGAUCCGGAAGGGAACUACGCUAAGAAGUAUGAGGAUAUGGCUAAGGAGGAAGGCGUUCAGAUCUAAUCAGGAAUCAACAAGGAAGAAAAUAUAUGCAACACUAUUAUGAGACAAUACUAAUUAUUUCAUCGACCUUCUAGUUGCGAUUCGACACGAUUCGUAUGUAUACGCAUAUGCAAAUAAAAUAUCGUUCAUAAUA